CAAAUAAAAUGAUGGAAAAUAGGAUAGAUUUUGGGGCAAAAUCUAAAACCUGGAAUAACUAGUGCUUUGAACAAGGAAAUAUAAACAAGAAAGCAGAAGAGAAUCGGAGCUACUGUAAGCUAAAAGAGAUGGCAGGUUUACUAGCAUGGGCGGCCGACGUGGUCGGAGGUGGAGGCGGGGGAGACAGUGAGGGAGGUAAUCAUCCCAAUUCAAUCCCUCUCAUCUUCACUCCCCAACAGCUAACCUACGUUCAACAACUUGACCGUAAAUCAGCUUCUCUGAACCGGUCGAUCCAGGAUCUGAGGCUCAGAUUGCCUCCCCCCGACAUUUCGCAACGCCUUCCCCACAUCCACGCUCAUUCCCUCGCCUCCAAUAAUGCUCUUGCUCUUCAACUCAACGCCCACUCUGCAACCAAACAGCAGGCACAACUGAGAGAGGUGACAUUGCAGGAAGAAAAUGCAGAGUAUCAAAAUGCCAUAUCCAAUUGUGAAAUGAAAAUUCAGGAGAAGCUGCAGGAAGCAGAUCUGCUUCGAAGUAAGUUAAAGGAAAUGGACUUGAUUGAGCAGAAUUUGAAAGCUGAGUUGCAAAGAGCAAAAGCUUCCCUGGAUGCUAGCAAUUCAGGAGAAAAAAAAAAAAUGUUCAACGAAUUCAAAUCAGCAGCUGAGGCCCAAGAAGAGGAAGAUGUUCCCAAACCUGCGUUACUAGAGAAGUUGGAGAACAAGAAAAAGGAAUUGGCUUCAAUUGAAGAGCUAGUUCAAGAAUUAGAGAAAAAGUGGCAGCAAGUCCAGGAAAAUGCAUUGAAGCAACCGACUCCAGCUCAGCGUGAGAAGACAUUGGAUAAACAGCUUCACAGCUUAAUCGAACAACUUGCUGUAAAACAGGCUCAGGCAGAAGGGCUGAUCAGUGAAAUACAUCUCAAGGAGAUGGAGCUGGAAAAGUUAAAUGUGCUGUGGAAAAAAAUAGAGAGCAGCAGUUUAGAUGCAAAUACGGCCCGGAACAGGGUCGGGAGAAACAGCUCUUUUAAGGAAUCCGUAUCUUCUGAUUACUAUGUUGAUCCUCAGCAAAAGCUUCCUAUUCAUACAGCUGGUAGAAGUGAAAGCUUGCAGAGAAUGAUGCUGCUCAGGUCGGCUUUUGUGCUCUACAUUCUAGUGCUGCACAUAUUGGUAUUUAUCAAGAUUUCGUUCUAAGGUCUACCAUACACUAAAUUUGAUUAUUUUUUGCAAAGUUGAUACAUUUCGUGUUAGUUUACAUGAAGCUUCUGAUUGUACAGAAAUUGAUAUACGCUUAACAAGAUUUUCCAUGGAAUCUUCUUAGUUUGUUAUCUUAAUACACUUUUUCCCAUACC